AUUAUUACUUUACCUUUCAUAUGCAAAUAUGCAAAUAUGCACAUUGUAAUGGUGAACUUGAACUAUCGUUUUUGUGAUUAUAUGCAUUUUUGAAAUUCUUGCUGUCAUUUUAAUGAGCACACGCUGUGCUUCAAUGGAUAUCCAACUGAAAUUUUAUAAGUGAAAGUUCGAUUAUAUACUAUAUAUUAAUAAACCAUGUAUCGGAUUUUGCAUACCUUCGUUGCCGUAUUAUUGCUGGGAACAUCGAAUAUUUCAACAGAACCCACAGGGGUAUUGUUCCUCAUCUCCAGUCAGGAUACCACGUACCAUCGUCCAUUAGCAGCACGUCUACGCGAUGACAUUAUUAACCAAGCCGAAAGCCAAUUGCCCAAUACAGACUACAUCAUCACAGUUCAUAUGUUACAUGAAAUAUUCAAUUUUCCAAGCUAUUGGGCGAUAAAGAAUGCAAUACCCUUGGUGCGUUCCAAGCUACUUGGCGAGCAUGUCAAAUGGGUGGUUUGGUUGGAGGAGAGUACACAUGUCUUACUGCAAACCCUUUUGGAGCAGUUAGCGCUGGAGGAUGCUACUCGGUGCCUUUAUUUGGGUCAUGCGCUAUAUGAUGAUCAGGCUAAUAUUAGGCAUCACUUUGCCUUUCACAAAGAUUCCGAGUGGUUUCCAUUUCCAUUGCAACGAGCCGGCAUUGUUUUUUCAAGAGCUCUAAUCAUCAAGACCGCAGAAGCUUUAGAAACAGCAAAUAUUUAUAGUUCACCUUUUAUCAUUGAUAUGGAACACGAACUGGCGCUAUUCAUUUAUAACGAAGUAAAAUCAGUUGCUCUUGAAACUCAACUCAGCGAAGAAGAGCUCACCGGUGCCACGAAGUCAAAUGCUAUGCAAAAGGUGCUGAUGCGCAAAGCGCACUACAUUUGUUCGCGAUCGGACGAGUAUGUACAGGGCAAUGCUGACAACAAGUGUGCAAUGUAUGCAAAGCCAAUGGAAAGGAACCACUGUAAUACUGUGAGGCCGAAAAACAUUUUCUUUGCUGUCAAAACAUGUAAACGCUUUCAUUUUGAUCGAAUACCGAUUAUUAAAGCAACCUGGGCUCCCAUAGCAUCACAUAUUCGUUAUUACAGCGAUGUAGCAGAUCCACAAAUUCCUACAAAGUCUACCGGUAUACCCAACACUGAAAUCGGUCAUUGCAAUAAAACACUGACAAUAUUGAAAUUAGCUUUGCGAGAGAUCGAUGACAUCAAUAGGAAAUUGGAAAAUUUGGUACCUGAGCAAGAUGAAAACACUCGUAUACAUUGGCUGGUUUUAGCCGAUGAUGAUACGUUACUAAGGUUCGUACAAAUAUUAUACUAUAUACUUGUAUCUACAUUAACCAUUUUUAACUUUAUGGACAAAUUUAGCAUUCCAAACCUAUGCGCUUUGCUCGGAUGUUUCAACUACACAAACGAUAUUUAUCUCGGCGAACGUUACGGGUUCCAUCACAACAUAAACAACGGCUUCAAUUACAUAACCAGCGGCGGUGGUGUUGCUAUGAGUUUACCCGCUGUACGUAAAUUACUCGCUCAUUGCCACUGUACACAUCCACAAGAUGCCGAUGAUAUGUUGCUGGGCAUGUGCUUCACCAAUCUGGAAGUGCCAAUCAUACACUCGCAGCAGUUUCAUCAGCUCCGUCCACAGGACUAUCCAACCGAAUUGUUGGCUCUUGAUCCACCUAUCUCGUUUCAUAAAUUUUACGAUUUAGAUCCAAUCUCUGUAUAUAAUAACUAUUUUGCCAAUGCUACUCAACAGAUGCUACUAGCUACAAAGCAAAUAAGCUAUACAAAUCAAAAAUAACGUCUAAUCUGAAAUAAUCAAAAUAAAAACUUCAGAAAUAUUA